AAAAGUCUAUAGGCUACUACAGAAGCAGCAAGUGUGCAAAGACGAACAACGAUCAUCAUCGCUACUGCAUAACGGAGCGAGGCCAGAGACGCCGUGCGUUGUGAAUUGGAGCAGUGUUAUAAAGUGUUUCCAUGAAUAUGAGUGCCUCCAAACCCCAGAUGAGUGGUGAGGUGAGAAUCGGACAUUCUCUGAAUAAACACGAGGAAGAGUUUGUAAACAGAAGAUUAAAAACUGUUCAACAAAGUCUGAAAAAGCUUGGGAUAGACUGCACGCUGGAUAAUGUGCCAAAAAUCGCACUACUGGGUUCUGGAGGAGGAGAACGAGCCAUGCUGGGUUUACUGGGAUGUGUGGAUAAACUUGAAAAAAUAGGUCUACUGGACUGCAUCCUUUAUCUGAGUGGAGUCUCUGGAUCAACCUGGUGCAUGACAUCUUUAUAUCAGGAGCCAAACUGGUCCACUAAAGUCAACUCAGUGAAGGAGAAGAUCCUUCAGACACACAAAGGUUCUGAUGUAGGCUGGCGUGAUACACUUUACAAACUGAAGAAAUAUUACGAUGAGAAAGGCAUGCUCAGCUUAACUGAUGUUUGGGCAGUGCUGCUCGUCACUACAUUUGUGAAAGAGAUAGAUGAGCACAUAAUUUCAGAGCACCAGGUUGGACAUGACAAAGACCCGUUUCCCAUUUAUAAUGUGACUGACAAGGAAUGCAGACAGCAGAAUAAUGGAGAUCCCUGGUUUGAGAUCACCCCAUAUGAAGCAGGUUAUUCCAUCAUCGGAGCGUUUGUGGACGUCUCCAAAUUUGGCAGCAAUUUUCAAGCCGGCCGCAAGAUUAAGCAUCUGCCUGUAAUGGACAUGCUUUACCUGCAAUCUCUGUGUGGCAGUGCUAUUGCUGAUUUAAAAAUCGACGUUCUAUACAUAUGGGAAAAGUUUAAAGCCUUAUUUAAAAAAAAUCAAGAACAUGAGGUGGAUGGAAAGUUGGAAGAAGAUAGCACGUCUCCAACAAUAGAAGAAGUCCACCAACUGUUCUUGGAUCUGGUGGAAAUGAAUAUCUCUGCAUUGAAAGGUGAAGACACUUCUCCUUAUGAAGAAGCCAUCAAAGCAAAGCUAUCAGCUCUGUGUGGCAGUUGUAUUGCUGAUGGAGAAAUCAAUGCGCAAUACGUAUGGGAAAAGUUUAAAGGCUUCUUAAAUAAAAAUGAAGAAAAGUUUGAAGAGGUGGAUGGAAAGUUGGAAGAACUUCAGCUGGACUUUGAAAUAGAUGAAACAGAUGGUAUUGUUUGGGAUUCAGUUAUGAGCUUCGCUGCGUCUAUAUCUGAGCGUGCGAAGUCCACAGUUCAGUGGCUGAACGUUUAUUGGGCCGUUGAUCGGUGUGUGAAAUGGUGGAUCUGGGGCAGAAAGUACAAUUUUCUUUACAAGGUGAAAGAUGAUGCAGUGCCAGACAUUCUUCAGAACAGUAAACAGAGAGACUAUGAAGAUGCUGGGAUAUUGAACAACUCACCUUACAUCUCAGUGCUGAGACAGGAGAGAGACGUUGACCUCAUCAUUUCCCUGGAUUUCAGUGAUGAAGAUUCUUUUGAUACAGUGAAGAAAGCUGCUGAUAGGUGCAAGAAAGAAAACAUCCCUUUCCCUAAAGUUGAUAUACCAUCUAAUGAGAUCGCAAAGGACUUUUAUGUGUUUGAAGGCCAUGGAGAAGCACCGACCGUGAUCCACAUCCCUCUCUUCAACAUAGUCAACUGUGAAAAUAAAGUUAAGGAGUGGAAAAAGAGAUAUACCACAAUGCAACUUCCCUUCGGUCCUGAUAUGAUUGAUCCUCUUCUGGAUGUCGCUGGCAAAAACAUCACAAACAACAAAGAGAAACUGCUGGAUGAGAUUAUAAAGUGCAUUGGGGUGAAAUCAGCUAAGCAUUAGAAUGAUUACAUUUAAUACUUUGAAUAUACUCUAAAUAC